UUCAGUUCUUUGAUUCAAUCUCCAUUGCUGGUUAUGUGAAAUAAGAAGAAAACAAUGUCUACAAUGAGGGAAGGAACGAAGAAACCAAAGACAACAAUAGAGCCUAGAGUUAUUUCAUGGGAGGAGAGAAAGAGCCUUGCAGACAAGGAGGCUGAGGUCCUGGAAAAACAAAUAGAGGAUCUCAAAACAUGGACCAACAUGAUAGAUGCCAUGAAUGAGGAGCAGUUGAAGGAAUACUUAAAGAACAGACCAGAUGAGUUGAAGACAGUGAAGAUCCACAAGAGCAACUCUAAGCAAAGAAUCCAAAGGGAAAAGCCUAAAUGCUCAACCUCUAAUGGCAUUAUGGCUUCGGUUUGGAAGUUCCACAAGGAAGAGGAACAUGAGAAGCAAAAACAAUUGUUAGAAUUUUAGGACAUAAAUGAAUUGUGUAAUUGUUUGUUUGAAUCAUAAUUGUCGUUGGUUUGUUUAUAUACCACAUAGAAUUGUGAAUUUCAUCAAAAUAAUUUAAUUGAAAACUACAAAACAAAGUCGGUAUAGCUAAGCAUGCGUAUUGUGAAAGUAAUCAGGCAACAAAAACUUCAAUUUUAGUGUUUGAAUUGAGGAUAG